AUGGCCCUGCGCACGUCUGCUGAAGACGCCGAAGAUGCGGCAGCCGGCUUCCAUACCUUUCGCGGCCCUCUUCCAGAACAUGCGGCCGAGGUGACCGGCCUUAUAUCCGAUCUAUAUGCGAUAAGCUCCUCCUUGACGAGCCUAGAUGCACUUUCGCAAAAUGUCCAGUACCGACGCCAUUGGCCCCGUGUCCAGCCUGAUGUGGAAUUGGUGCGGAGUAGCUUGAAAUAUACCAUUGAAGACAUUUUUGAUUAUAUGCACCGUCUCGACAAUGGCAGAACUAGCCCAGAUAACUAUAAGCGCGUUUGGGUUUCUAUGUCUCGGUUUUUUUGGGAUGAGUCGCAGUAUGCGCUUUCCACUCGCCUGGCAAGAUAUAGGGUUUUCCUUAGAGAGCUGGGUGAGAUGGUGAAGAAUCGGAAUUUUGAUUCGUCGCUCCUUGUGAGCACUCGCAACGGCUUGAGAGAUCUCCUUGCCUUGCAGGAACACCGAUUGCUUCCUCAAGGUCUCGGAUCAUUAGGGCUUGGUCAGGUUCCUUCUGAUCCUCCAACCCAUCGUCCCAUCUCUCGCCCGCCAUCUAGAAACGAUAUCCCUCGCCCUCCUUCCAGAGUCAAUAUUCCUCGCCCUCCAUCCAGAGGCGAACCUCUGAGCCCGAUCAGCCCGGUCAGUGACCGUGACCAUCGCCGACGUCGGUCCUUUGAGCGGCCUCGACCGGCAAAUCAAGCACAUCUAUCUCCUCAGUCUCCCCUGUCGCCUUCGUCUGGUACGGGCACCUUUUCUGACAGCAUCCCUCCUUCUGUCCCUGAGGCUCCUUAUUCGCCAUUAGCUGGAUCAGUAUCUGCCACUACGAACACUAGCCACUCCACUCAGAAUGACGCCAUACAGUAUCAUUGGAUAAGAGAGAUCUUUAGCAGUUAUGACACAGAGACCGCGAUUCCGACCGGACCAGAAGAAGCUGGAUGUUUCGACGAUAACCACCCCGGAAUCAAGCAAAUCCUCAAAGAAAAAGGGUUUGAGCGAAUACUUCAGUUGGCCUUCAAUGACGAGUCGGAGAUGACUGUCUACUUCUAUCUACGGGAGAGAGACCACCGCGCUCGAAUUGUGUGCAAAGUACCCCACCGUACUCGAUCUAGUGAAUACUUCUGUCUGCCUCUGAACAUGCUGGAAAUUGUCCGAGCAGGGUCCUGUCUUCAGCUGUGCCGGAGAAGAAACGCGGGCAAGGAGUUGAUCCUGUGGGCUCGUCUGAAGUUCGCCACUAUCGAAAGUAUGGUUGUAUUCUUCUGUGCGUUCCUGGCUCUUCGCUCUCAAGAUGCUGGUCGACCGGUUGACGACAUCCGGGACUACGAACUUGAGCAUGAAGAGGAGCUUUUUGGCGGCCAAAUCGUUGAUGAUGACUAUCCCCAUGCUCUACGUGUGUAUCAAGACAGUAUCUCAGGAGCUGUUCGACUACAGGCAUCUGUUCACAAGGGGAUUAUGGACCGUACCCCUGUCUGGACUGCGUUCGUUACUCAUCAGCUCAAGCGACGGGGCUGGUUGAAGUCCUUGGAUUCGCGGACUGUGGCUGUGCGUGACCUGAAGCUUACCAUCCUUAUGUCGGCAGAAGACUAUAAUCCGCCUACAACAAACCGUGGGGAACACAUCUUGAAGUUUGGUAGUCGGAGUGAUGCCGACGCCUUCUUGGAGACGAUGAAAGAUAUAGCGAUGACUAUUCGGUAG